CGGUUUUGAGAUUUCACAUCGGCGGCUCGUGCUGAUGUGACUUGGCCAGUAAUGUGCAAAGAUGCGAAGUCGUGACUCAGGCAUUAUUCGUUCGACACGAUUUUCGUUCACAAUUCCAGCUCUGUCGUUCACAAUUCCUUCUCUAGCUGACGUCCUGCAACCAUGCUGCAAUAGUGAGGCUGCGUACUAAAAGAAACACAUUUGCCGAAUAUAUUUAUCAUUAUCAUAUCAAACGUGUUUUGUGUAAGAUUAAGAACUAAAGGAUGUGAGCGGCGGGCCCUUGAACUAAGUUUUUUGCAGCAAGAGUUUUUCUGAACUCAGGCCCGUCUAUAGUCCGGGAGCAGCCAACUCCCGUGCACUUUUGAUGGCAAUAUAAGCACGCGUACAAUAUACUGACUUCUAAACUAUAAUACGCGCGUAUGUACAUGAUCCGGAAGAAGAAUUGAGAACAAGAGAAUACUCAAAAACGAAACGGAUACACAUGUGUUGAAUGAAUGAAGUCGGGCCCGCACGCCGGCCGCGCUUAAGGCUGGCGCAUCGUAGAAUGAAUGAAUGAAUGAACACUGUGACGUCUCGUCAUGUCAUUGUCAAGCAGCCCGUGUGUGUUUCGAUUCGCAUCCCCACCCUACGCAUAAACUUUCCCGCCUACUUCUUUUGCGUUUAUAUAUAGUUUCCGCCGCCCGCGACCACGUCGCGCAUGCGGCAUCGAAGAAUGCCGGCCACUUCGUUGGGACCAGUCGGCUGGCACCGACACCCCAUCCGCUUCCUGAGAUCAUGCCGGGUGUUCCUAGGAGGUUGCCUUUGGUGUCGUAGCACGCUUCUCGAACGACUGCUCGUCGUCUCCCCCGGAGUUGUGCACGCCUCAACCUGUCCGACGCAAACCACACCGAGCUACGUGUCUGCCGCGUGUCCGUCGUCAAGCUACACUGGAACAAACGGCCGCUGCACCGUAGCGCCCACAGUCGCCUCCUCCGGCGCGGCGGUCUUCUUCCGCUGGUUUAACUCAGCCGCGUCACCCUUUGCCCUGUACUAUCACAUGGGCGAUCACGCUUAUUCCUACACUACCGGGUGCUGCUACGAGAACCAGCAGGCAGGCCGGGAAGAUAUGUGCGAUAGCGAGGACGUCGGCUGGACUAGCCUGGUGAGCGGAGGGACUUAUAUUGCGAUCCGGCGCGUCGACUGGCUGGAUACGGGGGUGACCCUCACUUGCGAGCGAAAGACCGAGCUUCUGAACCAGAAACAGCGCGCAGUGAUGGUGGUCCCGCUUUCCGAGGUCCGGUACGCCUGCGGAAAGGACAACCCGUUGCGGAAAGGACAACCUCACCCUAUGUGA